GCUUAAUAAAGCUUGUCGUGCAUAUGAAGUGGUGGAUCCAGGCGGUCACCUUCAAAUCGUUUAGACCAGGCAUAGUUUCAAACCAAGACUAUUACUGCCCAACCUAUCCCUAAACUUGGUCUCCAUCAACGACUACCUCCUACACCUGACCCCCAACUAAAUCCCUGCAGCACAUACAUACAAUGCCGAUGGUAACAGCAGCUACUGGUCUUCGGCGCACUCUUGAAGACCCAAACUCGUUCGUUGUCGCCCCCGGUGUAUAUGAUGGCCUCUCUGCACGGAUUGCGCUCUCCGUGGGCUUCGACGCCCUGUACAUGACGGGUGCUGGUACCGCCGCCUCUGUGCACGGACAAGCCGACCUGGGAAUCUGCACUCUGAAUGACAUGCGCGCCAACGCCGAAAUGCUCUCAAAUCUUUCGCCAACUACACCCGUCAUCGCAGAUGCUGACACUGGGUACGGCGGUCCGAUUAUGGUCGCCCGUACGACCGAACAAUACUCCCGCUCUGGCGUAGCAGCCUUCCACAUCGAGGACCAAGUGCAGACAAAGCGCUGCGGGCAUCUGGGAGGGAAGAUCCUUGUGGACACGGACACCUAUGUGACGCGCAUUCGUGCGGCAGUGCAGGCGCGAAAGCGCAUCGGUAGUGAUAUUGUGGUUAUUGCCCGGACAGACUCCCUUCAGACACACGGUUACGAGGAGAGUGUAGCACGUCUACGAGCAGCGCAGGACGCUGGCGCAGACGUAGGUUUCCUUGAGGGAAUUACGUCCAAGGAAAUGGCCAGGCAGGUGGUAAAGGAGCUGGCUCCGUGGCCGAUGCUGCUGAACAUGGUCGAGCAUGGGGCGACCCCGUCGAUCUCGGCGGCUGAGGCUAAGGAGAUGGGAUUCCGUAUCAUCAUCUUCCCGUUCGCCGGUCUGGGACCCGCCUGUGCAGCCAUGCGCGAGGCAAUGGAAAAACUGAAGGUAGACGGUAUCCCGGGCUUGUCCAAGGAGAUGACUCCGCAGAUGUUGUUCCGGGUCUGCGGGCUAGAUGAGAGUGUUAAAGUCGAUGCAGAGGCUGGCGGAGCGGCAUUUGAAGGUGGUGUUGAUCUGAAGUAAGAGCUACGACGCACUGUACGGUGAAUAAGGAUCAGCUGGGACCAUAUGAGUAACGGCAUCGACGAUGAUCAUUUUGAACUAGAAAUAACGACGAGCUCGACCGGUGUCUCCGUAUUGCAUGAUAUCG